AUGGAGUCCUAUGUUACAAAGCUUUGGGGUAAAAUUUCCAUCCCUAAAGUAUUUUUGAUUAAGCAAGGUAUAUUCCUGUUUGAAUUCCAAAAUGAGAGCAGUAUGAGAGGGAUAUUGGAAGAUGGUCCUUGGUUCUUUGGCUCACGUCCUCUUGUUUUAAAGCCAUGGACAAUUGAUAUGGACAUAGAGAAGCUACAAGACCAAAAGUACCCCAUAUGGGUGCAAUUUCCUAACCUAAGGUUGAAUUUGUGGAGUUCCACUGGAAUUAGUAAGAUUGCUAGUUUGAUUGGAUGUCCUAUUGCUACUGAUAAACUAACUGCCUCAAGACAAAGAUUGAGUUAUGCAAGGGUUUUGUUGGAAGUUGAUUUGCCUUUUAAAGAACCACUACUUGAUCAAAUUGAAAUUCAAGGUCCGGAUGGUAAAAGUUAUCAUCAAAAGGUGGUUUAUGAGUUCAAACCAAGAUGGUGCUCCUUUUGCAAUAGUGUAGGACAUGAUUCUCAGCACUGCAGGAAACAUGUUCAAAAAAGAGUGUGGGUGCCUAAUAAACCUGUACCUAGUGUUUCUAAUGAAGUGAGGGAGCCUGUUAAUAAACCUUCCAUUGUUGCUAAUGAAGUGAGGGAGGCUGUAGAGAGGGGUAUCUUUUCUGAUAAGGAUGUGGUGCUAAAUUUUCAAGGAUCAGUUGCUAAAGAAUCUAAGAAUGUUCUAAUUGAUACAGCUCCUGUAAAACAUGCACUGCUGGAAAAACAUGCACAUAAUUUUCAUGUUUCUCUGCAUACUGGGAAAACAUGCACAGAUUUCAAUCAAGCUAAGAAAGUGAAAUAG